AUGCCACCCAAAGGAAAGAAGCCCGCGGCCGCCCCAUUCCCCCAGGGAAAGGCUGGCUCCAGCAAGAAGGCAGCAAAGAACCCCCUCCUUGAGAAGCGAUCUCGCAACUUCGGUAUCGGCCAAGAUGUUCAGCCUCCUCGCAACCUCUCUCGCAUGGUCAAGUGGCCAGAGUAUGUCCGCCUGCAACGCCAGAAGAAGAUCCUCAACCUCCGCCUGAAGGUCCCACCGGCCAUUGCUCAAUUCCAACAUACCCUUGACCGCAACACCGCCGCGCAGACUUUCAAACUCCUCAACAAGUACCGACCGGAAACCAAGGUGCAGAAGAAGGAGCGUCUCCAUGCCGAGGCCACGGCCGUCGAGCAGGGAAAGAAGAAGGAAGAUGCCAGCAAGAAACCCUACGUCGUGAAAUACGGCCUCAACCACGUGGUCGGCCUGAUCGAGAACAAGAAAGCCUCAUUGGUCUUGAUCCCCAACGACGUCGACCCCAUCGAGCUGGUGGUGUUCCUGCCCGCUCUGUGCCGCAAGAUGGGCGUGCCCUACGCCAUCAUCAAAGGCAAGGCCCGCCUCGGCACGGUCGUGCACAAGAAGACCGCUGCCGUCGUCGCGCUGACCGAGGUCAAGGGCGAGGACAAGUCCGAGCUCAGCAAGCUGGUUUCCGCCAUCAACGACGGCUACGCCAGCAAGCACGAGGAGAGCCGUCGCCACUGGGGUGGUGGCAUCAUGGGCACCAAGGCCGUCGCCAGACAGGAGAAGAAGCGCAAGGCUAUUGAGAGCGCCAUCAAGAUCUAG